GCGUCUGAGAGACUGCAGGCAUCUCUGUGAUCUCCGGGCUCAAGGCUGCACUCGGCGAACUACACAGCGAACUACAGCGCAUCAUUACCGGAUAAGGCAAAAGGAUCGCCGUGUAUCUAUGACUAUUCUCCUGCUCUUGUAGCCGGUUUUUUUUCCCCCUCCCUUCUUCCCGUGCACUUUAAUUGGAGAAGCUCGCCAAGAUGAUGUCCAUGAACAGCAAACAGCCGCACUUCGCGAUGCAUCCCUCUUUACCCGAGCACAAGUACACCACCCUGCAUUCCAGCUCGGAAGCUAUAAGGAGAGCCUGUCUACAAACUCCACAGCUGCAGAGCAACAUAUUUGCCAGCCUGGAUGAGACCCUGCUGGCCCGGGCUGAGGCUUUGGCGGCCGUGGACAUCGCCGUGUCCCAGGGCAAGACGCACCCGUUCAAGCCCGACGCCACAUACCACACGAUGAGCACCGUGCCAUGCUCGUCGACGUCCACUGUCCCCUUGGCCCACCACCACCACCACCAUCACCACCACCACCACCAGAACCUGGAGCCGCCGGACAUCAUGGACCACCUCUCGUCGCCGUCGCUCGCCCUGAUGUCCAGCGCGCACGACGGGACCGGCGGCGGUGGAGGCGGCGGGGGCGGCGGAGGCGGCGGCGGAGGGCUCAUCUCCUCCUCCUCCCACCCGCACUCCCACAUGCACGGCUUGGGCCACCUCUCCCACCAGGCCAUGAGCAUGAACUCGCCUCUCACUCACCACGGGCUCUUACCGGGCCACCACGGGGGGAGUCAAGGCGGCCCAGGGCUCACUAACGCCGGACUCCCCUCCAUCAACGACUCGGACACAGACCCAAGGGAGCUGGAGGCGUUCGCGGAGCGCUUUAAGCAGCGGAGGAUCAAGCUGGGGGUGACCCAGGCGGACGUGGGAGGCGCACUGGCUAAUCUGAAAAUCCCCGGCGUGGGAUCGCUGAGCCAAAGUACAAUUUGUCGAUUCGAGUCGUUAACUCUCUCCCACAACAACAUGAUUGCGCUCAAACCUAUCCUCCAGGCCUGGCUGGAGGAGGCCGAGGGGGCCCAGAGGGAGAAAAUGAGCAAACCUGACAUUUUCAACGGAGGAGAGAAGAAGCGCAAGAGGACCUCGAUAGCGGCCCCGGAAAAGAGGUCUUUGGAGGCUUACUUCGCCGUGCAGCCUCGGCCGUCGUCCGAGAAAAUAGCAGCUAUCGCUGAAAAGUUGGACCUGAAAAAAAACGUGGUGCGCGUGUGGUUUUGUAACCAAAGACAGAAGCAGAAGAGGUUGAAAUUUUCCGCUGCUCACUGAUGGGAGAGGAAAAAAAAAAAGAUUUAAACAAACAAAAAACGAACAGACAAACGGACAAAGAGGAAAAAGAAAAAAACAAAACAAAACAAAAAAAGUUGUGUGACUGAAUUUGGGGACCAAGGGACAUUAAAGACACCAUUUUCAGUCUUUUGUCUCCAGCGAUUUUACACGUUGGCGCACAAAUGGGCUUUAGAUUCCCAUUUUCUGAGGCUUCAUAUAUCUCGUUUAUUUUUCACGUUAUCGGUGAAUGUGAAGUAUGCAAAUAACAGAUUACACGAGUUUCGCUCAGUUGUUUCGAGGAGGGGAAAAAAAGAGGAAGUUUUUAGCAACAUUUGCCUUUUAAAAACACGUUGGAAAGAGGUGGUCUGCUUGAUAACUACAGCGAGUUGUUUUAUCUCCGAAUAGGCCUAUUAUUUGAAGUAUAGCCAUUUACGAAUUACCUCAUUGAUUGUUGAACUGUGUUUUUUUUUCUCGGUUUGAUCUCUUGUUCGUUGUUUGGUAUAGAAUAAUUCAUGAGUCUGUUUCAUUUAUUCAUCCGUUGGUUUAUUCUUAUUUGGAGGCUGCUAUGAACUCAGAUUUAGUUGCAGAACUUUUUAAUGGCUGACGAGAAGAAUAACGUAGGCCUGCAUGAAGUCCUGACUCACGGGCAAGUUAAUCGAGCCUCUCCAGGCUGUCACAUCUAGAGAUAUAUUUAUUUUGAAUUUGCACAAAAGGACCCUUUAGAUCGCUUGUGUUUCGAGACGGUUUUGUACAUACAGACAUCACUUUGUCACUUAUCAGAGGUGAGCUGCGUGUUUUUGGAUAUAAAUUAAAGGGUUCUGUCGACACCAUUGGCCUCACCUGGAAAAAAAAAGAAAAAGAAAAAGAAAAGUUUUUCAAAUCAGAUCCGGAAAAGCACGAGAGCCUUUUUCCCCCUGCUUCAUCGAGGAGAAAAAAAAAUCCAAUCUCUCGUGUGUGUUUCAGUUUGCAGUGCAAACACUCUAUGCAUUGGAAGAAAAAAAAUAAAAAAAGAUUCACUGCGUACAGUGAGGCUGUCUGCUGACAGACCUCAUGUUGUGGAUGGUGUAAGUCACUGUUUAAAUGCCUGUUUUGUUUUUUUUUCUUCUUCUCCACAUCAAGAUCACCACGUUGUUUGUCGUGUUAACUGUUACGAAAAAAACGUUGUGUAAGUAAUAUUUUACUUUGUGCACAAGUAUGUUUACAAAAAAAAAAAAAAAACUGCGGCGACGUGUGCAUCAUUCAUGGUUUAAAAAAAAAAAAGAAAAAAAAAAGAUGUCCCACUGUCUCCUCCUUCCUUCCCUCUGUGACAACUCCUCCGCUCUCCUCUGUUGUCCUCUCUUACUUUCAUUGGUACUCUUCAUCCUGUAAGCCAAAUUCAACAGGGAGGUGUGUUCCAGCAAUCUUCUA